CAGAUUAUGUUAUUUGUUAGAAUGAACAGAAGGUUUUGGCUCAUAUAUCAGGGUGAGACUGAGGAGGUUACGUGUCCUGCAAUUUAAUGCCAAUUCCCUGAUGUAACCUUUUGUUUUUCCUGCUGAUAUUAAGCCCCUUAUAUAAUAGGUCCGUGCAUAUCCUCAGAAUAUUGCUCUUUGCCCCGGCCACAUGGAGCUCGACCUCUUGUGGCCCAAUUUCCUGCUUUUAUAAGGAGUCGACAGUGUGAUGAGAAUGUUGUGACCUGUGGACCUGACGUGAUUUAUAAAGAGCGACUUGUUGGAGCCAAUCAAGUCUGUUAAUAAUCAACCGCUCCCUUUACAUGAGCACGGCAGAGCGAGUGCUUUCUGUCAGUACUUGGAUUGCGGUUGAACAGUGAGGGUGUAGCUGAUUGGUUUAGAGAUUGGAUCUGCGUCGGCCCUCAGAGGAUCUCACUGAGGGGCAGUCAUGCGUCCGAUAGGGUCCACUGUCUUUCUCUCUGUCCUGCUGCAGGUUAUGUCUGCCCCGACAGAGGACUGGCAGACGGCCACGUCUAUUUACGACUUCUCAGCGACAGAUAUUGACGGCAAUGUGGUCUCCCUGGAGACAUACAGGGGGAAUGUUGUCAUCAUCACCAACGUUGCCUCUAAAUGAGGCAAAACCCCAGUAAACUACUCUCAGUUUACUCAGAUGUACACCACGUAUUCUGAGAGAGGUUUACGCAUCCUUGCCUUCCCCUCUAACCAGUUUGGGAACCAGGAGCCUGGCAGUGAGUCUCAGAUCAAACAGUUUGCUGAAUCUUACAACGCUCACUUUGACAUGUUCAGUAAGAUCGAUGUGAACGGAGCCAGUGCUCACCCUCUGUGGAAGUGGUUGAAGAGUCAGCCCAAUGGGAGAGGCUUCAUGGGAAAUAGCAUCAAGUGGAAUUUCACCAAGUUUUUGAUCAAUAGAGAGGGGCAGGUGGUGAAGAGAUACGGACCCCAGGAUGAUCCAAGUGUGGUGGAGAAGGAUCUUCCCCAAUACCUUUAAACCCCUAAUGAAGGACUGAUACCUCACUCACUGAUACUCCAUCCAGUUUGUCUUUCCAUCCUCCUUCUCUGCCUCUCCAGCAUCAGUGAAUAUAGUUUGGAUCUACCCCAGACCAGUGACGGUCUGUUCACAAACCCGCAUGGCGGACAGAGCAGACCUGAUGAAAAAUGGUGUACAAACAUGCUGGGAGAAUUUCAAAGCUUAUAUUCAUAAGUUUGUCUGGAGAGAAGGAGAAAUGAUCCCGUAAUCCAUAAUAAUAGAGUCAUAUCUGACCUUGUUUUCAUAAUAAACUGCUCAAAAAUAUUGACCAAAUUA